GCCUUUUAUUGUUUUAGGACACCAUGUCGAUUAUUCCAUUGCUGUGUCUUGUACUGGUUGCAUGUGUUUGCGCGCAGAAUCGUAACAAAUUCAACUUCAAAGGAGGAAGAUGGAAUACAAUUUUUGAGCACACCGGUGGACUUUCUGCAAACUUUGGUGCAAAUUACAGAAAGAACGGUCAUAAUAUUGGCGGUUAUCUUCAUGGAAACUUACGAAACCCAGGCCGGAAAAUAGACGGCUUAGGUUUUCGUGGUAGUUAUGAUCUUGGAAAAGGAAUGCGUAUAGGCGGCAAUAUUCAUCAUAAUUUUGGGGGAGGAACAGGAGGUGGAAUCUUCUUCUCGAAGUCUUUUGGUAAAAGGAGAUCAACUGUCUGCAUGUCAAGAUGUGCAUAUGCCUGCAGAACUUCUACGGUUAAAUGUAUGAAGAAUUGUCUAGUGAACAUGUGCUGAUAAUUAUGAUCUCUCAUGUUUUGUUAUAAAAUAAAGAGUAAUUAUAUAU